UACAUGUGGAAGUCAUCCUCGUCAAUAAUAACCAGCAUUGUGCAAAAUUUCAGCAACAACAGAGAUUUAAAGCCUGAGGACGUGAAGUACCGCACGCUGGGUUUGAACGUUAUCUCACCGAUGCAGCAAACUGAAUAUAUUUGGGAUUUAGAUUGUUGGUUGGACCAAAAAGCAAUUUCAACACAUCAACUUGGAAUUUUCGCUGUUUUAUAGGUGGAAGUCAAUCGCUGAGCAUCAGAGAAAGAGAUAAACACCAGCUGAGUCAAAGUGCUGUUGCUGAUUAUGGAUGCAACAGAAAGAGAGCUUGUGCCUCUUGGUGUUUUAGAAGAUCAUAGCGAUUCUUCAGACGACAACUGCUCAAAAUCAGGGAAAAAACCUAAGCUCCCUCUGGUUAAUUUAAUCAGUGCAGAGACAAAUUAUGAAACAGGUUUCAAUUGGGAUACCAGAGUCUGUCUGGAGCAGAUGAGAGAAGCUGUGCUGCACCACAGAUGGCAGGAGGCAGCAGAGUAUAUGGCAUGUUACUCACAAACCAUACAAGACCUAAUUGAAGGCAGAAGAUAUUCGUGUAAGGAGCUUUUUUGGAGAAUCAGCACAGAGAUCCUUCAUCAUCACCCCAACUCAAAGCUGGAAGACUACAACAACAUCUAUGAACGGAUGAAACACUUAGGAGUUCGAAAUUACCUGCUGAUCUCUCUGGAACAUGCCUUCCACCUGCUGCUUCACGGUCACAUUGACGAUGCAAAGCGUCAGCUGUCUGUUGCUGAAAGUUGGAGGCACGGGAAGGAGUCAGUAGCUCAGUUUCAGAGGACGAAACUGAUCCAAGCCUACAGGAGUCUACUGGAUUAUAUCAUCUGGUGUGACAAAAAGUUUACACACUCUAACACUGGGUAUGCUGACAUCGGUGACAACCAGGAAAUGCACAGCUACUUCAGACAGGCCUCAGUGAAUCUAAAGGAGAUUUUAAAACAUCCUGGUGUCUGGGAUCCCUUCAUACUGAGUUACGUUGAGAUGCUGGAGGUCUAUGAGGAUCAUGAUGAGGCUUUGAAAGUCCUGAAUGAUUAUGCAUAUGACAGCACCUUUCCACCCAAUCCCAACGCACACGUCUAUCUGUACCAGUACAUGAAGCGGCAUGAUAUUCCAGAGAGGAAACUGAUGAAAGUAUUAAAGAUCCUUUAUGUAUUAGUCCCGAGCCAUGAGUUGAUGUUGGACUACAGUUCUCUCCUGCUUCAGUCAGAGAAAAAAAGUGACAUCCAGAAAGCUUUAGGAGUCAUUUUGGAAAUGCUGGACUUUGCCUGCUGGAGGAGCAAUCUGGACGUGUGGGAGCGUUUAAGGGACAUUAUUCAAAAACUGCAGUUACAAGAAGACUGGAAGGAUGUUGUCUCUGGAAAAAUGGCUUCCAGAAAAGACUGGUGGCCUGCGCUGCAUUUCACAAGCUUCCACGCCAGCAGAGACUCAGAGGAAAACCCAGAGCUCAUGCACGUGAAGGCAUCGCUGUCAAAAAUCCUUUGCCCGGACUUAAUGCUGAGGUACACAGACGGACAGAUAACCAGUUGAGAGUGAACUACAGAGAAGAACUCGAAGAGAAAAUAAAACUGCGUCUUUGUGGUUCACAAUCAAGAACAAAGCUGAGACUCCAACUGAAAGACUCCAACAAAGGCGUCGUGAUGAAGAGCAAGUCUUCACUAUGACAACAUUUCUUCUCUUUUGUGUGAUAAAAUAUUUAUAACUGAAGGUUUCCUGACACACACACAUACUUCCAUAUUUUCUUAUUUAAACCUUGUUCCUUGAAUUGACUUGUGCCUUGACAUUUUUGUUUUUAUUAUUUUUAUCAAAGCACAAGCUAUUUGGUCCACUAAGUGGAGCUCUUGUUCUGUUUUUGUGCAGCGAGUGUCUGGAGGCUAUGGCCACCUAAUUUUGGCAGAAACGGAGUGUAGCUCUGAAUGUCAGUGUUCAUGUUGGUUUGUGGUUUCUGUAAACAUGUUAAUGAAAGCAGUCUCAUUCUGACCUCAAGUGACCUUUGGCCGCUUUAUGGAGGGCCUUUUAGGUCACAAGUGUGUGUGUGUGUGUGUGUGUGUGUGUGUAAAACGCACGCAACCUCGAGGGAUAGUCUCGCCAUCAAGUCUAUUGUGUGAGAAUAAUCGACACUGAGCAUGAUGUGCAUAAAUUUAAGUAAUUUAGAUAAUUGGUAGGUAGUUAAAAAGCAUCAGUAUGAGUCCUUAUCGCUUGAAUGUAAAAGGUGCUUUUAGUAAAUGAUCAUAAUUGACUUGUGGUCAGCUUGUGUAUGUGGUAUUUUUUCACUCGCAGUAUAUGAAGCGCUUCACAAAGAGGCUUAUAUAUUUAGAUCUAUUUCUGUAAACUUGUUUGUAUGUCUCUAACGACAGGAUCUGGGCCUUCAAACGCUGCGCUCGCUCUCCUUCAGACCGCACCAUGAAAUAAAGUCUUGCAUCCA